AUGCACGUACAGGGUCCGGCCAUAGGUGGUGUGGUAGGCGAGAAGCACUUGUACGAAGCAGGACCUAAGCAAGAAGGGAAGGUUACCUCUUUUGCCUUGGGCAGAUUGCCUUCUGUGUGGCAAGCGCCCAAACCUCUGCAACUCGAAGCGGGGACUUUCUUAUGGUCGCUGGUAGGCGCCGUGGUCUCCAUACACAUCUACUAUUACUCGACCCCAUAUCAGAAAUUCGCUUCUAGAGUUGAUUAUCCUUCAUUGCCAAUUCUUGGUACAGAUGAUGACCUAGGUGGCUGGUGA